AUGACAACCACUAACAACAGUAUAAGCCAAGACGUAGACUUUCUCCUGCUUGCCUUUCCUGCAUUUCAAGAUCUGCAGUACAUGAUAUCUGUUCCUUUCUCCAUCAUGUUAUUAGUGGCAUUGUUUGGCAACAUAACAGUAUUUUUAAUAAUUUUUACAGAAAAUAGUCUCCAUGAACCCAUGUAUUACUUUAUGUCCAUCUUAACAGUCAUUGAUCUUCUUAUAAGUGUUACUGUUUUGCCUGAAAUGUUAGUAAUGCUCUGGUUUGGUCAACAAGCUAUAAAGUUGGAUGUUUGUUUUACUCAAAUGACUUUUAUUGUAUUAUUUCUAGGUAUGGAGUCAGGAAUAUUAUUAUUAAUGGCUUUUGAUCGUUAUACUGCAGUGUGCAAUCCUCUGAGAUAUUCAGGAAUUAUUACAAAUACUUUUGUAUUAAAAGGAAGCUUAUUUACUGCAGUUAGAAGUUUUUGUACAGCGCUGCCUCUGCCUUUACUUGCUAGGAUGCUGCCAUUUUGCAGAAUAAGUACUCUAUAUCAUGUAUUUUGCGAAUACCCUGCUAUUAUAAACUUUGCAUGUGCCCGUACAUCCUUAAGUAUCUCUUAUCUUUAUAUUUUACUUACAGUAGCAGCUGCACCUGAUGCAGCUUUGAUUGGGCUGUCAUACUUCAUGAUUGUGAAAACUGUACUGACUCUGAAAUCAAAACAAUCUUGGGAAAAGGCAGUUAGUACAUGCAGCUCUCAUUUUUUUCUUAUUCUGUCAUUCUAUCUGUCCACAUCACUCACGUUAAUAGUAUCUAUUUUUGAAAACAAUAUUCCAGCUUACAUUCGUAUCAUAUUCUCAGUUCUGUAUAUUACUAUACCACCAACAUUAAAUCCUUUGAUAUAUGGUAUAAAAACAAAAGAAAUUAGGCUGGUCAUAAUAAAACAGUUAAGAAAAUGUAGAAUAAUUUCAUAA